GGUGCAGAUAACGUCUGAUCUCUGCAAAGGUUAUAUACUGGCUCAAGUAGAUUAAAGAAUUCGUUUCAUGGUUGAAGCUGUGAGUGGAACACUACAGUGAACACUGUCACCUGCAAUGAGCACACAGCCUUUUCUUUCUUUUCAUGCCUUUUAUGAUGAAAUUUCGUAAACGCCUCAAAAUACAUCGAAUAUUUUCUUAAAAUGUCGGUAAGUAGCUUGACAUUUACUUAAGGAGUGGAAAACUUUAUACAUUUGCCAACCAUGCAAACGGAAAAACGAAAUUGGGGAAUUAUGCGAAGAGUCAUCGAGUUGUGUUUUUCUAGAUAAAUUUGCGUUUUAAAGGUAGUAGGUUGGUUCAGAUCACACGCUUUUAUAUGUCUCAACGAAAUUAUGUGAAGAUGCAACAUUUUGAAAAGUUUAUUACUUUGGCGUAUACAUUUUUUUCUUCUUCUUUUAUGCUCUUAUCUAACUCUUUCAUAAGUUUGAUAAGGCUUUCAUAUCAAACUAUAACGGAAAGAAAAACAUAGUCGUACUAUCAGCGGUUAGUUGCUUAAAAACGUCCGUAGCCUAUUAAACAACUAAGAAAUCAAUCAGAUAAAGUGUUAUGCUAUACCUCCAUAGCAGUAAUUCGCUGUGUUCUUUUUGAAAAAGUUUGGGGAAUUGUUUCAAAAUUCGAAAAAAGAAACUUUCUUUCACGUGAAACACUUUUCUUCCCUUUAAGAGUUAGAAGUUAAAAGAAAAUGGAUUUUCUUAAGAAAGCUGUAUUCGGCUGAGACUGGAUCUUAUAUAUCAAACACUGUCUUCUUCCUCAUAUCGUAUGGUGAAUAAUUAGAACGUCACGUCUACUAAAAAUGUUUAAAAUACGUCAGCGAUCAUGUUUACUGGUGACGUUAGCUCUAAUAUUAACACCCUGUAUCAUUGUAUUGAUGAUAAUGGGUCCCGAGUUAUCCACCGAGCAGACGUUGUCGCAACGUUUGGGCGAGUGCCAUAUGCGUUUACAGUAUUUGGAAUCUAUGUCUAGAACGAGACAAGAAGAUGUUGCUCUUCUCUCGCAAUUUAUAAUCAUAUUACAAAAUUCGUCCGCAACAGCUUUAACGACAGCUAUGCCGGCACAGUUUAUAACGUCGAAUAGCUCAACGCUAUUUACGGCUGGUAAUGGUACAUCAUCACUGUCAGCGUCUACUAAUACACUAUUAGACGCUCUAUCCCCAGAAUCUCGACAAAUACUACGUAAUGCUUCACAAGCUUAUGCAAUGCAAUCGCAUUUAAGUUCCUCAUCUAGCAUUCAUUUGCCUACCGCUUUUAACUAUUUGCCUCAUUUGCUGGACGAUCCGAAUUCAUUGAGACCAGCUUUAUUGAAAUCGCGAGGACGAUCCGAUGUCGGUAUUAUUUUGGGUGUACCAACGGUGAAAAGAGAGAAACAAUCUUAUCUUAUAGCCACACUUAACAAUCUUAUAGCGAACAUGAAUGAUGAAGAGCAAAACGAAACAUUGAUAGUAGUGUUUAUCGGUGAAACCGAAUCGGAUACUGUAUUCCGAAUAUGGAAACAAAUCGAAAGUGCUUUUGAAUAUCAUCUAGAGAAUGGCUUAAUAGAUGUAGUAGCUCCAGCACCUUCCUAUUAUCCAGAUUUUAAUCGUUUGCACGCGACAUUAAAUGAUUCUUUGGAGCGAGUAAAGUGGCGUAGUAAACAAAAUUUAGAUUUCGCUUAUUUAAUGGCCUACGCACAAACAAAAGGGACUUUUUAUGUGCAGUUGGAAGAUGAUAUUUUGGCUAAGCGUAAUUUUUUAAGUACUAUGAAGAAAUUUGCUGUUACGAAAAGUGCUCUCACGAAACCGGAUCAACCACCUUGGCUCGUAUUAGAUUUUUGUCAGUUGGGCUUUAUAGGCAAAAUGUUCAAAACGGUUGAGUUGCCUUAUUUGAUAACAUUUUUUCAGAUGUUUUUUAACGACAAGCCUGUUGACUGGUUGUUAACCUACUUUGUAGAGUCAAAAGUUUGUCGCACCGAUAAAGAUCAUAAACAUUGCAAUACUGAAAAAGCAAAACAUUGGUUCCACUAUCAUCCGUCGUUAUUUCAGCACAUAGGCACAAGCUCUUCACUAAAAGGUAAAGUGCAAAAACUCAAAGAUAAACAGUUCGGUUCUAAAGUGCCCACGUUUUAUGGUCAUAAUCAUAAUCCACCGGCUGUUGUAAAAACUAAUAUUGCCGUCUAUAAAAACUACCAACUAAAAAGGGCCUAUAAAGGUGAAACAUAUUUUUGGGGUUUAUUACCACAGCCAGGUGAUCAAGUGCAAUUCAUAUUCUCAACACCAACAUAUCUCAAGCAUUACCUGUUUCGCAGCGGCAAUUCAGAACAUCCUUCUGAUCGUUUUUAUAACACAACCGUUGAGGUAUUACCCGCCGAUACCCUUGGUGAAAGUUCCCCCGUUUGGAGUACAUAUAAUUCAACUGCUGAUGGUUAUUUAAUAAUAGGUGGCUUCGACGCUAUUGGCUUAGCGGAAGGUUUCAUCGAUCCAAAAAUUGGAGCGAUCAAAGAAAUUCGCCUGCAUAUACAUGGCGACAGUGAAAAUUGGGCGUUGCUAAGCGAAAUACAUCUACAGGAGACACUAGUGGGAAAUUUAGAUGGUGAGAAAACACAAGCGAAGAAAACUAGUUGAUUAUCCUAUUUUUGGCAGCUAUAAAUAUUCAUAAGAUUAGCAAGAAGUAGUCGAAACGGAUUUUUAAAAGAAUGUCGACUCAUCACGAAUAUUGAACUCGUAUUAUAUAUACAUAAAUGUAACCAAUUCUACUAACGAAAUAAGUGUUAUUUUGAAAAUCUCUUUUUGUUUUUCAACGAAAUAGUGUUGUAGUUAACUGCUACUUUCGUUACGAACGUAUGUCGGUGUUUAAUCAUAAAAAUCACAUUUAACUUGUAUUGUUUUCUAGUACUCGAAUUCAGACAAUCUCCUUGUAUUAAGAUAUAAAGAAAUCGCAACGAAAAAUAGAAAAAUCGUUAUUGUAAUAAUUGUGUUAGAUGUAUUAUUGUCGACAUUAAUAAUUCUUUAAUAUAAUUUAUUUACAUGUUGUAAUGCUUUAAAAAAUCCUUAUUCAUAUUGGAUCAAAGAUGUGAGGAACAUUCCGGACAUAUUCACCCUAUUAGGAUACAACAGGUUUCACUGUUGAAUAUUGAUAAGAAUGCAAUCUUCUUUAAUUCUAUAUUGCCAUAAAUGGUGUUUUUGUCGGGCUUUCUAUGUAGUAUAGACAAAAACUUCUCGACGAAAACGAAAUGGAAUUCUGCAUAGAAAGUUGGCUUUCUUUUAACUUGGCUUCACUUUCAAUCAAUUCAGAAUACAGCAUUCAAUUCAUUUGGACUGUAAAGUUUAUAUAAAAUGUGAAAUAAACAUUACCAUAGUUGUGCAAAGCAGUUCUUUAGUUCACGUGUGUAUGUACACAUACUAAAUGCAAGUUUUGGCAUUUUAAAAUAUUUAUCUAAUUUUUUGAUGCUUGUCACACGAAGCGGGCGGCUGUCAACGAAUUUUACACAUUCAUAAGCCUGUGUUCCUGGAUUAGAGUCAUACUCGUGAUUUUAUACAAGCAAGCGGUGCUGUUCCAACAUGUGUUUUUGAAAACGUCAUAGUUCUAAAAAUUGAAUUCGUACCAUGUUAAUAUAGCUGCAACUGAAGCAAAUGCUUUUGUGAAAUAUAAUUAAAACAUUUAAUGGACCUCAAACUCUUCUUCAAUGCGAUUACAAAUAGCUUUCUUGUUGAAUUUCUUCCAAUUAUUGUUAUUAUUGUUUUUCGUUUUUUUAAUAUACCAAAUAUUGAACAUAAUGAAUAAAAAUGUACAAAGUCUUUAGUUGAAUUGAUUACUUGUUUUACGGUUUAUUAUCAAUAAUAAGUUUCUUAAUUAAUUUCCGUCCUAUUAAUGCUGCAUUUCUCUUCCACCUUUCCUAAGUUUCUUUAUUCGUUUAAUUGCUUAUGUCUUUCAUAUUUUAAAUAACAUUUUAAGCAACCGUUUUUUAAGAAAAAUAAACUAAAUAACGUUAUGUACUGUGAUGUGUUAUUAUAACUAAUUUUUAAGUAUUAAAGAGAAACUGAAAAAAGAAAAUGAAUCGAAUUAAUAUAUAAAAAGUGUGAAUUUUAAGUUACUAAUUUAUGAAGCAAAAAUAAAAAAAGCAACAAUAUGGCGUACUAGACGAAUGAAAAGAAUUUGCGUUAACUUUAACCUAAACAAAGGUAAAGUGAAAGUAAUUUUGUGUUCAUUGUUAUGCUCACUAUCGCACGCAUAGUUAUCCUAUACAAGCUUAAAAGAAAAAAGAAAGGCAUAAAGAGAUAUAUCGACAAAAAGAACCAUAGAACGGACACACGUGGUGUCGCUGUUACAGUUAUUGACUAUAGAUAAACCAUAAGAAGAAUCGGCGAGUUGGCCUAACGAAAUUUCAAUUUGGAAAGUGCUGGCCGACAUUAAUACGUUCACUUUAAGGUGAUGGACAUUUAACCACUACCUUGAGACGAAUGGAGCCUUUUCUUUCCCUUAUAUAUAUGAUUUAAAUAUAUUAAACUUAUUAUGUUAUACCCAAGAUCGGGUGGAUUGUUCUGGGUUAUAGUUCUUUCUUUAUAGAGCCGCCAAAAAUGGUUCGAAGGGGCUAAUAAAAUAAGCCUUUCAAUCGCUGAUUGGUCAAUAUUUAACAUUUGGAGGUCCUUUAAUAAGCCGUUAAUUUCGAAUAGAAUCAUUCUAUGAAAAAGUAUGGGCUAUCAAUGGUACGAUAUCGUCUUUAGUAUGCUUAAGCAUGAACAUCAAUCAAUUUUCCUUCAGCAAUAGUUUGUUUAAGAAAAGACCCUAAGUUACUUUUUUUUCUUUUUUUUUAUGGUAUAAGUCUUAUUAACUCUUUGUCUUUAAGUAUCUCGAAGGAAAGGGGCUACUAUUCCUUUCUACUAUUAAUUUCUUUCAUAAGUAAAAGCUAUGGUAAGGGUAUAGUACACAUAUGUCAUCUUUUGAUACACACAAUGAGCAACUAAUGUGAAGAUAGCAAAAGAUAAACCCGUGAACACAGUCAGCACAGCAACCGGUGGCUCUUUUUCUACUUUUUUGGGACUUGCUUUUAUACUGCAUGUAAAUUGUAAUAAUACUAAUAAUAUUGUAUAAGAAGAAUCUCUAAACUAAGUGUGCAAAAAGUUCCAUCAGUAUAUGUCAAUGAACAUUGAGAAAUAUCUUUUUUAAAAUGUAAUCUUGAUUGUUUAAAAAAAAUAUUGGUGCAUUUGCAUUUGUAAAUCUAGAACUUUAAAGUUUCUGCUUUUUAAUUUUUCUUUUAAAUCUUUUUUUUUUUUAUACAAUGCUGAACGAAAAGACCGUGGAAGUGAGAGUUAUAGAAAUACAUUUGAAAAUAAAUUUUUGUAGUCAAAUAUUUGUGGCAGUAAAAUAAAAUGAUUCCGAAGGAAUCUGUUGAAAAUAACAUCACGCAUUUUUUCUUCAUUAACAUGACAAUUUUUAUAUGUAGUGCGAUAUUUAUUUAUGCCACUACAUGAAUUGACAAUAAUUAAAGGGCCAAUGCUGUUGAGGAAAAUUUGUAAAAGUGUUUUGUAAUCUUCAUAUUCUUCCGUUAUUGCUAGGAUGCUUACAGACAAAUUCUAUCCAUUUUAACUAAUAAUAUGAAUUUCGAAUCCUAGCGUCCUAUCAGUAAACAAAUUCUUAGAGUCUCAUAUUGAUGAAACUGAAAAAAUGUACAAAAUCUCUGACAUUACUAUUAUUUCUUUCUUAAUUUCAUUUUGCUCACAAAUAUUUUGAGUUAUGUCAGCGAAACUUAUUAUUAUUUUUGACAAAUAUGAAGAUUAAAAAUAGCAAUUUUUCGUUUUUAAAACUGGAAAUUAAAAUCUGCUUGAAAUCGCAUUAUAAGUCAGGAUAUUUAUACUAUUCCUCAGUCAAGACACGAAACCAAACUCCCUAUAGUUUCUUCUUCUUUGUUACGCGCUAAAUCAGUUUUGAUAGAGUACAUUGAGGAUGUACGUAAACAGCAAGGACUCAAAAAAAAAUAGGACUUUGAUUAUUUCGAUCGAUUCAAAAUCAUUUUCUGAGUUGCUUUAAGCUUACCUUUCUAUACAAUGUCCGCACAUUUGGUUGUGCGUUUCACUUAAAGGUCGCGUUUUGAAAAUGGAUUGGAUCAAAUCAUUUUGCGACUUCAAAUUUAUUUUGAAAAAAACGAAUAAGAACAUUAUAGACUGGCAAGGAUCCACAUUAAAAACCCUGCACCAUAUUGUCUAACGCAAUUUCUAUCUUUAUAAUAGAAUACAAAUAUUAUAUCUUGUUUCUAUGCAAAGACAUAUUUUUCAUGUGCCUACUUAUGCAGAAGUGCGAUUAAAACGCAACCUAAUGUAAUACAAAUUUAAUCUUUAUAUAGGACAGGAUCAUUUCUUUCAGUUCGCUUUUUUAUCAAAUUACUAUUAUGGAUCAAUUUUCGUUGCCACAUAUUAAAACUCAAACUGUUCUGCUCUACAAAGGGUCAAUUUUCGUGAAA